AGUCAGUAUUGUACUGAGACUUCCGCCGCGUGGAUCGUGUAGUCGUUUGAUUGCCGUCGUGCUUUGAUUUUUUUGUUCCAAACCGUUUGGCUUUAGUUUUCGCUAUUGUAUCGUUUUGAAUUGUGUUACGAACCGUGUUUUUAAGUUUGCAACUAAUCUUUCAAUUGCACUCUCCGGAUUACCGUGAUUAUUUGGAUCGGUUUUGCUGAAUAUGAAUAUGGCACGGUUCGGCCAUGGCAGCAUCCACGGAGCAUGCGCAUGGUAGUUCUUAGUCCGUUAGCAUACAGGAACGAGAAAUAUCACCACACACCAGCACAGCAUCAUCAUCUCGCACGGAAACAUCACCACCACCAACCACCCAUUGGCAUUUUUAAGAGGGAAAAGAAGUCAACAAACGCGUAUAUUGUGCAGUGUGAUGUGAAGCUCUGGGAAGAUUAUAAAUAAUUUCGGAUUAUCGUGCCAAAAAUUAGCUCGCCCUAGACGUUCGUUAGUUGCAAAUCUCAUCGCCCAGUUAGUCCGUGCAGGAAUUCCGUUCUUUCAAGAUUCGGGAUUAAAGUACAUGCCUGGGUGUCCGCCCAUGUUGCAAAACAAACUGGUCAUAAGUGAUUUUUGUGUACAUCGACAAAGCAGAAAUGUCAUUCGGUGCAAGGACGGAACAAACAGAUGCCGUGAUUGUGAAGUGCAACUAGAAACAAACUACCGAAGCAGUGUAGUAGAAAAAGAGUUGAAACUGUGAAUCAGCGCGCCAAAUUUUGUUCUAUUUUCUGGGUCAGUGCGAUAAGGUGUCCUAGUGAAAGUUUCAUUCUACCACCAGAGGAAAAAAAAGGGCUAAAGUGAAUACUAAGUACAAACAUUAAAGAUCGGGAAAGUUGAGCUUUUAUGUCCACGAAAGAAUGUGAAAAAUCCAAUAAAACGGUACAGUAUGUGAUUCGAACGCCAACAAGAAAAAGAACUGACAGAUGCAGAUGAAAAACAUACACCAACAACAACAAAAUGAAAGAACAAAAUAAAAACGAUUGGCCUGAGAAAAAAAGUGUGAACAUUAGCCCGAACCAAACGUGAAAUAUUUACGAUUUGUUUUGAUUAGUUAACUCCGUCUGACUUAAACACAUAGACACAGCGUUUUCCCAAUCGGUGAAAACAACAGUGAGAAAAAAAUAGAAGGAGAAAAACGUGCAAACCAAGUCCCACCGGAGUAGGCGCACAGCGUGUGACAGCACGAAAUCUGACCGAAUCGCGUUUCAUCAAUGAGUGACCAUGUCCGGAAUCUUCAAAUACAAUCCCAAUCGGUCGGCGGCCAGUACGCCCAAUCGACGGUCGGCGUUCGGCGUUACCGGAUUCGGUGGAAGUCCCUCGCACCAACAGGAUGCCACCAUGGAUAAUUCAUACACAAUGGGCUUCCGGUCGCCAUCGAUGGGCACCCUGGCUGGACAGAGCUCACCGGCCCAGGGCCGUUCGUUGCGUGAAUACGAAGAGCAAAUGUCCGCCCUGCGGAAGGAAAACUUCAACCUGAAACUGCGGAUCUACUUUCUGGAGGAAAAUGCUGGCAUGGGGGCAGCCGUUGCGGCCAGUACGAGUGGCGGUACCGCUGGUCCCGGGUACGGUCACACAUCACCGACCGAGACAGGAGUGCCGGAGAAUCUGUUCAAGCAGAACAUUGAUCUCAAGGUCGAGGUGGAAUCUCUCCGGAAGGAUCUGCAGGACAAGCAAGAUCUGCUCUGCCAGGCGGCCAAAGCAAUGGAACUGAUGGAGGACAGCCAACGCAAAGCGGAAGGCCAACAUCGGGCGCUAAUCGGGGACCUGGAACAUCGACUCGAGUUGCUACAGCUCGAGAACAAACAGCUGGAAGCAGCCGAACGGCACCAGCAGCAGAACAAUCUAACCCGCAGUAGACUUAACGAGACGGGGCUGCUAGAUUUCCUGGAUAAAAUGGAACAUCGUAAUCUCAGCGUAGAGGAUAAGCUGCAGACGAUGGAAAUGGAGAACAUGUUGCGACAGUGCAACGAACAGAACGAAGAACUCUGUCAAAAAAUUACGGAAUUGAACCAGAAACUUGAAGAAAAGGACCAGAAGGUUAAAGCCAUGGAAAAGGAGUUGAACGAGAUUCGGUACGAGUGCGCCGAGUUGAGAGAUAAAGUAGAAGAGAACGACAAAUCCACAUCGGAUGCAGAGAUUGAACGACUCAAGAAGGAUCUGUUUGAAGCUAAAUCGGAACUGGCGGACAAAUUGUGCCUGCUAGACGAAACCGAAACCAAGCUGAACGAGAAAACUGGUGAACUGCUGAAAACGGUCAAAGUGGUUGAGAAGCUGCUUAAGACGAUCACGGAGUUGGAGAAGGAAAUCGCACGACUGAAGCGAAACUCGAAUCCAGAAUCUCCGCCAACCAAAGAAUCCUCCAAAAAGACCAUCUCAGAUCCGGGUUUCAGUACGCACCCGAACUCCGGAGCGACGCUGUCGCAAACUACCGCGAUCAUCGAUCUGCACCAGCAACCGGUGUCUCAGGCCGAGUACGACAGUCUCUGUGGCCGGCUAAAAACUCUGCAGAAGAAAAACGAUUGUCUGAUCCAGAAAUUGACCAGUGGCUCUAACGAUCGCAGCGAGAACAUCAUCAUCAAGCAGCUGAACGAUGAACUGCUGGAGGCGCGAGAUGAGGUGGAGAAGGCACAACGGUGGCGCAAAGAAUGUGUCGACCUGUGUGCGAUAUCGACGGCUAGGCUAGAGGAGUUGGCUGGAUUUUUGGAUUCCUUACUGCGGAACAAAGAAUUUUCAGGUUCGCUGUCAAUGGACCGUAGAAAGGCGAUCCGGAAGGCUGUCGAUCGCAGUUUGGAUCUGUCCCGAAGCUUAAAUAUGUCGAUUUCGGUAACCGGGAUGACACUUCCGGAGAACAGUCUGAUCGGUUUGAGUUGUCUAAGUGGCUUCUUGGAUGGUGGAGAUGAAGGUAGCUUCCUGCAGGAUGGAGAGGGGAACAAGGAAAAUCGUACCUUCAAUUCGCACGAAGAAAAUGUUGUCGGCGGAAGUGCGGCCAAAGUAAUCGAAUGUCUGAAAGCGGAAAACCGCGAAUUGAGAGGCCAGUUGGAAAGUCGUUCAAAUAACAGGAAAAAUCAUGGAGAUUCUCGUAGAAAGCUGAUCCCAGUAUUGACGGAACCAAUUUCGGAUUCAGAAGCAUGGUCUGAGCCGGAUAGAGACGUUUCUCUAGCCAGAAUUGGUCUUGAAGAACGUUCGUCGUUGACCAAUGCGGGCAAUAAAGGCAAGAAUGUCACCGGAAGAGUACUUCAGGAAUUAAGUUCCACUUCAGAAAACGAGGGAACUAUCGGAUUUUCGAAAAAACAAGGAGUAGAAUUCAAGCAGCUUCAGGAAACAGUCAACACGCUAAACAACGCUUUGCACGAAAAGGAUAGCCAUAUUUUGGACAUUCAAAGCCGUCUAGUGGAGCUCGACAACAAGCUGCAAGAGGAAAGAAUGAAGACUUCCAGGACACAAGUAGAGCUGCAAAACACUCGCCAAGUGAACGAAAGGCUAGAAAAAGAGAAUCACAUCCAACUGGAUAGGGUGAGUUGCAACGAAAAGCGAUUUGAAGAGCUCUCCCGGGAAAUCCAACAAAAGGAUGAAUUUAUCGAAAAACUCAAGAAAGAUCGCGAGCAGGCCUUCGUUGAUCUCCGAGUGGCAGUCAUGAAACUGGACACUCUUCGCACAGAGCACCAAGAAAUUCAACAGAAGCAUAAAAUGCAAAUUGAAACCCUCCUGGAACAGGAACGAAAACGGCUAGAAGAUCUGCGGAACGAUAUCACAGAAUCUUUUACCAAUCAGUUGAAAGCCAAACAGGCUUCAUUUGAAUCUAGUUUAACCGAAAGUUAUAUCUCUAAGAACAUCCAUUUGGAAAAGGUCAAAGAGUUGGAAGAGUUGCACUAUCGACUAGAAGAUGCGCAUCUCAAUCUCGCCAAUAUCUCGGAAGAGGAAUCGAAACUCAAAAUGCGACUGGGAGAUAUGGAGAAAACAGUUCAAACAAUGCGUAAAUCGUUGGAUGAUGCUACUCUGCAAGCCUCGAAAGCAGUGUUGGAACGAACCAAGGCACUCAAUGAAAAGCGUAUGCUGGAGGAAGAGCUGAAACACGUCCACUGCGAUUUGGAGACCAUUAAAGCAGAAAAGAAUGCACUGAACGCUAAACUGGCGCAGGUCCAAGCACAGUUACCAAGAUCUCCUGUUCAGCGAUUGAACAGUUCGUCGGGUGCCGAAGGAUCGAACGCCUCUGGUUACACUUCAGAAGAACUACAUCCCGGAAAUCGGCCUGUCAAACCGGAGGGAACUUCGCGUUUGGAAAACUCAUCUCCAGACCUCGGAAUCGAAAGCGAUGCUGGGCGUUUAUCUAACACGGAAUCGAAUCGUAAAGAUGCGAGCGCUGCUGCAGAUAGCUCAACUAGUCCUGACAGACCUCUGCUGAAGACGCUAGAACUGACAAAAUCAAUGAGCAAUCUUCUAAUGGAACCGAAAGAGGAAGCCUAUCACGAGCUCAACUUGUCAGCUACUAGCGCAAACAGCAGCAAACCAGUAGAUCACGACUGUGCCAAGAUUGAAUCGGAUUACGCUGAAUUGAAGCGUCGGUACAAGCAAACUAGGCGCCAUCUCGAGCUAGCCUACGACAGCAUUAAGUCUUCCAACAAGCGCAAGGAACAACUCGAACGAGACAUUAAACAACAAAUCCAGAAAACAAACGUCGUUUUGAAAACAGUUCGAACCAACAUGACCAACGAACUAGAGAAAACCUCUUCCGGUGGAAAGAAGGAAGAAUGAGCUCGUUUUGACAGCUGACUCUGAAAGCCAUCCAUUCCUUCCUAGCAAAACACAUUCAUGUAGAGUAUGAUAGUAGUCCACGAGUCCUUCCCAAAAACUGAAAACAGUUAAUGACUGAAUUGUUAACAUCUGAUCCAGUGCUGAAAUGCAUGUGCUGUGUUGUGCCAUUCUGUGCCGAGAAGAUUGUAUAGUGAAAAGAUAGAUUAUAAGAAAGUAUGUAAAUUUCUCGCAGUAAAGCUAGGCCUGAGUACAUCUUUUUUAUGUUAGACGAAUAGUUCAGAUUUGAUUUUUUUUUUUGGUUUCUUCCAGCAACUGACUGACUUUAUCGCUUAUUUUUUUAUUCUUAAAAACGCACACUAAUUUAUUUGUAUUUCACUGUCCGACUUUAACUGAUUUUCUUAUGAAAUAAACCCGUUGAUA